UGGUGUGUGUGAGAGAAACACAGAAACAGCAAAGGCAACCAUCGGAAAAAAUGCAGAGGAUCAUUUUGCUCUCCUUUAGCUGCAUGGUCAGAAUCACAACAGGCUGCAGUCUGCUAGAUGCGAACAGUAUUGAUGUCACUAAAUAUCUUGGUGAAUCUGUUCUCCUGCCGUGCUCCUGUGAUGAUCUCCAGACUAAACCUCACAACUUCAGAUGGCACAAAAACACACACACAGAGAUGUAUCCCUCUACAUCUCACCACUCGGACAGGAUUCACAUGUUCAAUCAGGAUUCUCCAGGAAAUCUCUCCCUGUUCAUAUCAGACCUGACUAAAGAGGAUGAGGGACAGUACAGGUGUGAAAGCUACCAGUACGGCUACAGAGACAUCACACUCAGAGUUAAAGGAUGCUCUCUAAUGGAAAAGGACACAACAUAUGAGAUUGUGAAAAGCUCAGGAGAAUCUGCCCUGCUGCCCUGCUCCUGUUCUCCUCUGCAUGCCAAACCUGAGAGAGUGACAUGGGAAGUCAAACGGAGAGCGUCUCCAUACAGCUCAUUCAUUCUAGUAUCCAGCACAAGUGGACCCUACAGAGGCAGAGUUCAGAUGUUUCACCAACAUUCACCAGGAAAUGCUUCUCUGCUAAUAUCAGACCUGACUGGGGAGGACCAGGGAUUAUAUAGGUGCUAUCUUAAUGGAGAGAUCAGGAGAAUUGACCUUCUGAUCAAAGAUCUUCAUCCGAUAUUACCAGCAAGCAUGUCGACCCCUAAAGCACAACCUAAAACACAAACAUCGGUAACUAUAGAAAAAGACAUAGUGAAGAAUGGAGGAAGUGAAACACCUCUUUACGUCUUCAUCCUUGUAGCUGUGCUGCUGUUGUUACUUCUGCUGGGAGGGGUCAUGUUCCUGUACAUGAGACACAAAGGCCAAAAAGGGAAAAUGACCAAAUCAGGACAGAUGCAAGUGGAGGAGCUAAAGGAUGACACUAAGGUGUACUGCACUGUACAGGAAACCAGAGAUGACAUGUUCACACAAGCAGAAAACCAGGAUGAUGUGACCUACUCAACUGUGACCCAUAAUAAAAAACACAGAGCAGCCCAAGUGGAGAUGGACACAGACGACAGCACAGAAUACGCCAGAAUCAAGAGAACAUGAGCCAAGACACCCUUAUAAACCCCUGUGCUUCAUGCAAGCAUAUUUAUAGUGUUUUGGGUUUACCUUUGAGAGUUCCCAACCAUUUCGUUAUAAUUUGCAAUGUUCACAUUUAUAGUGGUCUAUCA